AUGGUCCGAGACGAGUACAAACGACGCUCCCGAAGCGAGACCCGCGGGUGCUGCGCGUCCCUCGGGUUCCUCCUGUUCGAGAUCGUCGCCCUCGUCGCCGCGCUCGUGGCGAUAGGAAGCGCGUACUGGCUCGAUCCCGAGACGACCGCCGCGGGCGCGGUCCUCCCGCGCGUCUCGCACGCCGGGCUGUGGGAAGUCUGCGCGCGCGCGAACCCGGAACCGAACGCGCCGCGCGCCGCGCAGAAGCGGCGGGACGCGGACGCGCCGACGUUCGUUCGCGCGCAGAGCGCUCCGCUCGACGACGACGUCGUCGUCCCCCCGCCGGAGGCGAUCGACGCCGACGCCGACGCUGACGCCGACGCCGACGCCGCGACGCCGCCGACGCCCGACGCCGCGCGACGCCGCCGACGCGCGCUCCGGCAGGUCGACGGCGUCGACGAGGCCGUGAACAAGAGCCAGGACGUCAGAGGCGACAUCGAAGACUUCUUCUUCCGCGGCGACGCCGAGUCCUCCGCCGGGUGCGUCGACGACGUGAGCUUAUUGUACGACGACAUCUACGGCGAGAGCUACGACGGCCUGCUUCAAGCGACGCGCGGUUUAACCCUCGCCUUCGCCGCGCUGUCCGCGCUGAAGAUUAUCGCCGUCGUCCUGUGCUUUUGCUGCGGCGGCGCGAGCGGGUUGGGGUGGAUGACACUCCUUCAAGUGCUCGCCGGCUGGGCGGGGUGGCUGACGUUUUUGGCGAUCAUCCUUCUAGUCGCGGGGCGCGAGAACGCGCACGAAGCCGCCGCGGCGUCCGGGCCGUAUCGCGUCGACGUGAACGCCGCGAGCGACCCGGCGUCGUACUGGGGGCACGCGUUUUGGCUGUUCUUCGCGUCCACGUUCGUUCCGAUUAUCGGCUCGAUUUUUACGUGCUGA